AUGAACGUUUCCCCCGGCAUUGCUCCCUUGGAUUUUAAAUUGCAUCCUGUCUGUAUUCAUCUGUUCUUGUGUGUGUUUUAUUUAUUUUUUGUAAGCAUUCACGGUGUGUCUAGGUCACAGUGGCUAUUAAUAGAUGCCUCUGGUUAUAAACAGCUGUGUAUAUGCAUAACUGAUUUUCUUUUGCUCAGUGAUGGUGUCUGGGACCCUGAGAAGUGGCACGCAUCCCUUUACCCUGCUUCUGAAAGAAGCUCUCCAGUAGACGGGUUUAAAAAUUACACAGAUGACAGAGCACCCCUGAAACGCAGGAUUGCAGACCCCCGGGAGCGUGUGAAGGAGGACGACCUGGAUGUGGUCCUGAGCCCUCAGAGACGCAGUUUUGGAGGAGGCUGCCAGGUGAACGUCGUGCCGAGCGUGACAGCGGCGCGCAGAGAGGUCAGCCCGCUGGAGAACAAGGAGAAUGAGAACCUGCGGCUGGGCGGCGGCCGGAGAAUCGGCAGCGGCAGGAUCAUCGCGUCUCGGGUGUUCGAGAGGGACCCGCGGGGCGAGAAGGAACUGCGUGAGAGAGAGCCACACCCGAGGGAGAGAGAGCCACACCCUAGGGAGAGGGAGCGAGAGAGGGAUUACAAGGACAAGCGAUUCAGAAGGGAUUUUGGUGACAAGCGUGUUUUUGGUGAGAGGAGACGAAAUGACUCGUACACAGAGGAGGAGCCAGAAUGGUUCUCUGGGGGUCCCACCAGUCAGUCUGAAACCAUUGAGCUGACCGGCUUCGAUGACAAAGUGCUAGAGGAGGACAAGAGGCGAUACAAGCGCUCAAGAAAGCGCUCCGAGUCAGUGCGAGAAGCUGUUGAGUGCAACGGAGGCUUGGCAGAGGAGCCGGCGGUGGAGCUCUCCCCUGACUCUGCAGCCGAUCAGGAGGUCCCCCAGGGGGUGGUGUUGCCGGAGCCUUCUGCGCCGGGGGAGUUCGACUUUAAUGAGUUCUUCAACCUGGACAAGACUGUGCCCGGGCUCGCUUCAAUGAUUGAAGAUGUCCUGGGAGAGGGCACUGCCUCGGCCAGCCGGUUUAGCCAGUGGUUCUCCAGUAAUGUCAGUCCGUCAGCCAGUCGGUCCAGCAGUCUCCGGUCCACCCCUCACGAGGAGCUGGAGCGUUUAGCAGGUCUAGAGCACAAGUUUGUGUCCUCUGCGCAUGGCCUGGCAAACUACUUUGCUCCCAUCCAGUCUUUGGAAGACAAGAAGGACAAGGUGGAUAUCCUGGAGAUGCUGCAGAAGGCCAAGGUUGAUCUGAAGCCGCUCUUGUCGAGCCUCACUGUCAACAAAGAGAAACUCAAGGAGAGCUCACAUUCAGGAGCGGUGCUGUCGUUGGAGGAGGUGGAGACCGGCCUGAAGGGUUUGAAAGUGGAGGCGGAGAGGAAGCGGGGCACGCCGUUCAUGGCUGAGCAGCUGGAGGAGGCGCUGACGGCCGGCGUGGGGUCCCGACCCCCCGCCGUGAAGAGAGAUGGGGACAUGUCCGCCUUCAACAAACUGGUUAGCAGCAUGAAGGCAGGUGGCACACUGCCGGCUCUGCCUGAAGGAAACCGAAACCUGGACAGCCAGUUGCUGCACCCUUCAGAGGUACCUGUGCAGUCUGCACCGCAGAAGAACAUUCUGCAGGAGAUUCUGGGGUCCCAGGUUCCUCAAAGGUCUGCUUCCCCUAACCUCCUGAGCAGUUUGCUAGGCAGUACAGACCCGCUUGCGGUUCUGCAAGGGCAUCGCGGUCCCUCCCCCCAGCUGUUUCCACAGCGAGCUCCGUCCCCAGAUUACUUCCCUGGCCGAUCGCAACAAACAGCUGGUUUUGUCCCGGAUUCUCAUCAGCAGAUCAUAGGAGAGCGCUUCCCUGGGCUCCGCAGAACAACGAGCCCUGGUCCUCACCAGGUGAACCCCAUGGCUCUAGGUCUGGACCAAGCCACACUGGAGGCACUGGCCUUCCAGCAAGAUCUGGCCCUGCAUGCACGCCAGCUGUACCAGCCAGGGUUUGGCAAUAUACAAAUGGAGAAGGGCAGAGACAUGUACAGGAAUAGGCAGCCAUGGGUUACCAGAUCCCCUGGUCCAGGAGGACACCGAGCCAGUGCUGGUUCUCCAGGGAAUGCAGUCACUAGCAUGUUAUCUCCUUCUUUUACACCUACCUCUGUGAUCCGGAAAAUGUAUGAAACCAAGGAGAAGAGCAAAGAUGAGCCAGGAACUGUGAAACUUGCCGAUGGCAAAGAGGAAGGGACAGCUAGAUCACAAGAAGAUAACGGUGUCUCUCCCACCUCCUGCUUGGACAAUGCAGAGCAAAAUGCUUCCCCUCCAACAGGAGCCAAACCCUCUGGCUUCCAGCGCUCCGCCUGCUCCACACCCCUCACCAACCAGAGCCGCUUCACUGAGGACCAGGACUACCGGCCCCGCUCUGCAGGCAGGAGGACCCCCACCAUGGUGUCUCCUGUGCCCAGUGCGCCCUACCCGCGCCCCGCGUGUCCGCUACCCCUGGUCUCGCAUGUGCCCCUGGUGCGCCCUGCACCCCCACAGCUGCACCCCGGGGUUGUCCAGAGGCUGCUUGCUCAGGGCUUCUCUCCCCAGCAGCUCCCUCCUGCGUUGCUGCAAGCAGGAAUGUUUCCCCAAGGUGUGGACCUGUCCCAGUUACAGGGGCUCCCCCCUCCCCUGCUGGGACAGCCCUUCUACCCCUUGGCUACGGCCGGACACCCCCUGCUUGGCUCCCGCCCUGGGGCUCCCCUGCACCUGGCAGUGAUGCAGCAGCUCCAGCAGAGACCGGUGGUGGUCCCCCCUGGCCCAGUCUCUCCAGUAACCAGUUUAGCACAGUCUCUCCAGCACAGUGCUGCAGCCAGGCAUGCUCACCCCCACGCCCCCCAGCAUGUGCAGUACCAGGGCCACGCCCCCCAGCAUGUGCAAUACCAGGGCCAGCGCAACGGCUCCCCUGUUGGCCUCGCCAAGUGGUUCGGAACGGAUGUGUUGCAGCAGCCCCUGCCUUCCAUGCCAGCCAAGGUCAUCAGCGUUGACGAACUUGAAUAUCGACAAUAAGAAUAUCCGAAAAUGAAGCACCCAACCAUUGGACUCUCAGUGAGAGAACGUUUCAUUCUUCAAGGAUGGAAGAAUGUGUAUUUAUUGACUUUUGUUCUGUGACUUUAUUUUUUUUUAUGAACUAGCUUUAUAGAAUGAUAGCCUUUUGUGUGGGGAGCACUCAAGUCUUCUCAGCCUCUGUCUUGAACCAAGAGACGCUGUUGUCGGCAAAAUGAUGAGGGACCUAGAGAUGGUCUGUAGAGAUACAAGGGACUUUUUUUUUUUGUUAUGAAACUUGUCUUUUUUUUUUUUUUUUUUUUUUGCAGUUUUACAAUAAAGAAUGUAUAGGCUCAAAUUGUACAGACAUGUAUAAAUUGAUCUUUUUUUCACAGUGUACAUAUAAAACAUCUGUGUGGGGUUUUUUUUUUUUUUUUUUUUUUUUUUUUUUUUGAAAGGUCAUUCUGCUGUAUAAGAGUAGCUAGUGCAGCUUUGAGAGCGCUGAAAUCGGGUACACAAGUGAGAUUGGAGACUGUCUAGUCUGUUGGGUUUUAUGGUGUUUUGUACUGCAGCCAGGAGGUGUACUGGUUAAACUCAACUCUACAGUGGGUUUUGUAUAUAGUUAACUUCCACUUUUUGUCUUUUGGGUAAUUUUUUUAUUUUUCUUUUGGGGGGGGGGGGUUAUAGAACAAAGGCAUAUAUAAUGUUUUUCUUCCUUAACAUUGAGUGUUCAAUGAAUGGGGGGGAAACAGAUAACUGAGUAAUUUGACAGACCUGUGUCAGUUCGAUCAGGUGUUUCUUCUAGUUUCACAGGACAAACUGUACCCAGCAUACACACCCAUAGGAAAUCUUCCCAAAUAAUGAGCAGAAGAAAAAGGGGAGGGGUGGGGGAAUAAAAAUUUAGAAAAUGCUAAAAAGCUUUGAUCCAUUUGGGAUAGAACCCUUAAACUCCUCGGUGUGCUCAUUCCAGAAGUGCGUGUGUUUUUGAAUUUUGAUUUUUCGUUUGCUUGACUGUGAAUGGUAGUGUUUGAUAGUUUGUGGUUGUGCCUUCUCUGUGGCUGAGGCAGUUUGAUCUCUUGUACUUUUUUGUUUCUUUUUUGCCCCUUUCACUAUGGUGAGAAAGCACUGCUUUAUUGCAAAA